UUUGUGACAACCAGACGCUCCGGGCUUAGCCCGCAAGUAUCUGUUCAACAGAAGCCCAAACGCAGGCAGGUUGUAUCGACUGGUCAUCGCCCAUUGCACUUGCUCGCUUCAAUGCAUCGCAUACCGCUCUCCGAAGGGUCGCACGGUCUGCCCAGCACGUCCGGCGUGUUUGACCAGCCAUGGCGUCCUCCGUACGCGCCUUCUUUUGACACCCACCCUGCGGACCAGCGGCGCACGUCGAGCGCACCUCAGCCUCCGCUCCACGCGCACCCGUAUUCUGUCAUGUCGAAUCGGGAACUGCCGCAGCUUCCCCCCGAUGGGCCAUAUGCCCGGCAAACCAGUCUACCUGGACCACCAACGCAUACGCCCCCAGAGACGCACCCGCCUCCACCUCCUCCUCACCCGAAUUUCCGCCCGCCGAUCAACGGAGCGCCUCAUGAGCCGCCACCUCAUUCCGCACCCCCGGAGUAUCGACCUCCAGUAGCACGAAUGUCGUUCCCUCCCCCGGAGACGCCUGUGGCUGUCGGUGACCCUGCACCGCCCCCACAAACCCUACCACCAGCCCCGUAUACUCCGCCGGUGCCCCUCUCACAGACACCUACACCUUACGAUCCCGCCUACUUCCCGAAUCAGGCAUUCGGGAUGCGCCAUCGCAAGGCAGCUCGGGCUCAACAGGCGUGUGAUCAAUGCCGAGCAAGAAAGGCCAAGUGCGAUGAAGGUCGUCCGGCUUGCAGUCAUUGCAAAGAAAAUAACUUGAUAUGUGUUUAUAAAGAAGUGCCCCCUCACAAACAAGAAAGAGCGACCCAACAAAUGAUGGACCGUGUGCAACAGUUGGAAGAUGCAGUGAUAGAACAUAUAAGACGGGUGGUAUCUAUGCAAGUUGAGCAAGGGAACCAGCUCACGGCUAUCUUGCAAGGUACCGGAAUUUCAGACACGAAGAUCAUACAGGCUGCCGAAACGCAGAAACAGUCACUCAGCCGAAUGUCGAAACCAGACAUCGCCGAUCUCCUCCAAAAGACCGAGACUAAAGACGAGACAAUAUCCAAUUUCGUGAAUCGGGAACUUGAGAAGGCUGCCGAAGGGGAACCACAGAUGCUGGUAACCGGCGAGGAUGGUGAACUUUCUAUUCCCGUUGAGCAUACGACGGCGGCCCACAAACUGCUCAUGUGGCCGUCAAUCAAAAGUCUUCUUUCCCCACGCGAGUAUGAUGAGGAUUAUGUGAUGAGGCUUGAGGAAGAACGUGGUCUGAUCCUUGUUUAUGGGCGGGGUGAAGGCCAUAACGACAGCGAGGACCUGACCGCAUCACCUCCGCCGAACGGGCAUCCUGCACGGGACCAUACCUACCCAAAUGAUGCGGCUGCUGGUGGACCAUGGGGCUCUGUACCUCAUCAGAAAGGCACACCCAUCAGAACCAGGCCAGAUGCUCUGGAUGAGAAUGGGUACUUUACUACGGAUGCCGCUACCGUUCGCUGUUAUUACCAAAGCUACAUGGACCACAUACACAAACUCCACCCGUUCCUCAACCAGAAUGAAUUGGAAGAACGAAUGGAAAGGUUCAUUGCACGGUACUGCCCUCUGGCGAAUGCAACCUCAGCGCCUAUUCUCAACGGCAAUGGCAAUGGCCCGCGGAGCGCAAAGCGAAAGCGAUCCUGCGAGACUCUACAUGGUGCGGGCUGCGAUGUCCCAUCCCCCAGCUCCAUUACGCCCGAUGGCCUAAGCGGCCGUCGCGUCGAGAAGUCGUUGAAAAAUGCAAUCAGCCUUCUAGUUCUUGCACUUGGUAGCAUCUGUGCAACAAAACCUCCCGUUCCUGGACCGGUUACUGAUGUCCCUCUAAACUUUCGAGACGAGUGUAUCCCAGGUCCAACCUCCCGAAACAUGCUUUCACGGGCAGAUUCCCUGUCAGCCGUGCCACCGCAAGGCAGCUUCUAUUCUCAGGCGGAUGGUCAAUCCUUUUCUUCGAUGGAUGGUCGCAAGGCGUCCUCGGAUCGCACAGGGCAUGCGUUACAUCCCCGGAAACCGCGCAACAUAGACGUCAUUCCCGGCCUGGCAUUUUAUGCCUAUGCGACUCAGAUCUUGGGAAGCUUACAAGGUGCCAAUGGCCUCGAUCACGUUCAAGCAGCCUUACUUGCAGGAUUAUAUGCCGGACAACUGGCGCACCCUUUUCAGAGCCACGGGUGGAUCUAUCAAGCAGCAAGAGCUUGUCAGGUGCUUGUGCGGACAAAACGAUAUGAGCAGUAUGUUGAUGGACCCCUCAAAGACUCCAUUGACUUCGCAUAUUGGACCUGUCUGCAACUGGAAAGGUAUAGUCUGGGCCCGCUUCACACCGACAGGUCGUUCACCAAGCUAAUCGCACCUCCGCGUAGUGAUAUUCUUGCGGAACUCGAUCUUCCGGCUAGCGGGAUAUCCCGAUCAGAAGGCCGAAUUUCCUUGCCGAAAGGAAAAUAUACACUGACUUUACCGAACGAGAUCUCUGCCCCGAGCACCAUGAUGAUGUUCUUCUAUUCCGCGCAGAUUCACCUCAGAAAGGUUCUCAAUCGCGUUCAUACAGAUCUGUACAAGGUUGAAAGAAAGGGAGAAUCGCGUUGGUCUUCCCAUGUUCAAGAAAUCCUGAGCAUGAAUUUGGAACUUUGGAGGAGCAGUCUGCCCGAAGUGAUGCGCUGGAAAGACACGGAUCCACCAUCGAAAGACAUCAAUGUGGCCCGCAUGCGUGCCAAAUACUACGGGGCACGGUACAUCAUUCAUCGGCCGCUUCUAUUCCAUGCUCUACAUUUUGCCAACGACACCGGUAGCUCAGCAUCCGUCGACUCUCCUACUGGAUCAGCGAUCUCGGGUUCGAGGUCACAACAAGUGUCCCCUUCCCUGACCCACAGCCAACGCGCCAUUGGCAUGGCACGUCUAGCCAGUGAUGCCGGUCCAACCGCGCGGAGCGCUCCAACUCCGACCCCAGGGGGUGGGAACUGGGCGUCCUACGCAUAUCGCGAUCUUCAACCCAAGAUGCGGAGAGCGUGCAAGGUGUGCAUCGACUCCGCCAUGCUGAGCACCGAGGCCUUCGACGGAAUUGAUGGUCGUCCUGUUGUGACCAACAUCUUCGGCACAGCUCACGCUCAAUUUGGUAACAUGUUGGUGUUGUCGGCUACGUAUAUGUCGAGUUUAUCCGAGCUUGUCGAUCGGAACGAUUUGGAGCGACUCAUGAAGCGAACUAUCCGUUUCCUUCUCCAAAGUCGCGAAAUCUCGCCUAGCUUGCGAGCUGAUGCGAAGAUUCUGAGCGAGAUAUACGAGAAGAUUUUCGGGGAUUCGAUUGAAAGCUUCAUCCAGGCGUGAUACGCAUAUGGAUCUUUCCUAUGCCUUAGCCUGAGACCGAAGAGAUUCAUGCGAAUGAUUGUGCGAUACUCCUGCCACCAGUUCUUUCCAACCACCCCUCAUACUUCUUAUACAACGCUUAUUGAUGAUUUGUACCCAA